AACACUUCGUCAUUAGUCUGGAUGUGUGUCAUUGUGAAAGUAAACAUGGUGUCCUACUGUAUGAUGUCUGCUUUUUUGUAGACAGAAGACAGAUCAGCCAUACGGGCAGACAGGUAUCACGUACAACAUCACUCUCAGGUGCAGAUUUCUCCGAGUCGUUUUGAUCACUUCACUUUCAUACACAGACUGAUGUAUCUUCAGACAAUAAGGGGAAGGCAGUCCCACUCAGCAAUGUUGACCCUCUGCAUUAUUCUGCUGAGAUGUGCAGUACAGCUUGUAUGUGGCGAGGAGUGUCCUCUGGGGUGGUAUGGAGGAAGAUGUCAACACGAGUGUCCCAGAGCGAUGUGCCAGUGUUCUGGACACAGACGACGUACACUGUGACAAGUUGAGUGGAAGCUGCUCCUCGGGGUGCCUCGCAGGCUGGUAUGGAGAUAGGUGCAACUCUCAGUGCAGCACACACUGUGUCAACAUGACCUGCAACCAACGAAACGGACACUGCACGCUGGGGUGUCCACACAACAGGGAGGGGCAUUUCUGUGAAACACUCAAAGUGACAGAAGCUCCCCCGGCAGGAACGUCCACGACGACGGAGUCGCCAGCAGCAGGGCCGGCCGUGAUUGUCGUCCCCGUGUGCGUUGCUGUAGUCGUGGUAGCAGCCAUCAUCAUUGUCGUCAUCCUUUACAGGAGGAGGAAAAGACAGCCAAAAAGAAUCCUGAACACUCGAACAUCUCCAGAGGAAGGAAUGCUUCUGUGCGAAGGUAAAGAGAUCAUUGAUCUUCGCCAUGCGAGCCUUGUGGGUGAUGUUGACGUCGUCGAGCAGAUAUUGUCUGACAAGAACGAGGAUGUCAACUGUACCGGGGAGGAUGGCAGGUCCCCCGUGAUGUGUGCAGCCUCCCAGGGACAUGGAGACGUAGUGACCUUGCUGGUGGAGGAAGGAGCUGAUCUGUCACUAGUGGACAACGAGGGGGAGAACGUCCUUCACGUGGCCUGUCUGGGGGGUUAUGAGGACAUUGUGAAGUAUCUCCUGACACUCGACACCGUCGACAUCCACAGUAAAGGAUGUUAUGGUAGGACGCCAGUGAUGAAAGCAGCCGAGAAGGGACGUAGGGAAGUGUUUGAACUGCUUAUUGGGAGGGGAGGUGAUGUGUCAUCACUGGAUGGCAAGGGCAACAACAUCCUCCACGUCGCCUGUAUUGGAGGAUAUGCGGAAAUGGUGAAGCACGUCCUCUCAUUAGGGAUUGUGGGAAUCAACAGUAGAGGACAGUAUGGGAGAACACCGGCGAUGAUGGCUGCAGGCUGUCGACAUAAACAAGUUGUUGAGGUUCUUAAGAAUAACGGAGCAGAUCUAUCAAUGGUGGAUGAUGACGGUAACAACAUCCUUCACAUGGCCUGCAUUGGAGGACAUCCAGAAGUGCUAAAGUUUGUCCUCUCCUUGAACAUAGUGGACAUCAACACUAAAGGGCAGCAUCAGCGAACUCCAGUUAGAAUGGUGGACUUUAGGAAACACAGAACUGUGUUUAACUUACUUGUGAGUAAAGGAGCAGAUCUAUCACAAGUAGAUGACAGAGGUGAGAACAUCCUUCAUGUAGCUUGUCUGGAAGGUCAUCUGGACUUGGUGAAAGAAAUCGUCACAAAUCACAGGGUGGACGUCAACAGCAGAGGACGGUACGGGAGAACACCGGUGAUGAAGGCAGCAGAGAAGGGUCAUAAAGAUGUGCUGGGCCUACUUAAAAGCAAGGGAGGUGAUGUGACGUCAACAGAUGACAACGGCAACAACAUCCUUCAUGUUGCCUGUAUUGGAGGACAUGUGGAAAUGGUGAAGCAUAUUGUGUCAAACAAAAUGGUGGACAUCAACAGCAGAGGACAGUACGGAAGGACUCCAGUACUGAUGGCUACAGGUGCAGGUCACGUGGAGGUGGUUGAAUCACUUGAGGGAGGUGGAGCUGAUAUAACCUUAACGGAUGAUGAUAGCAAUAACAUCCUUCAUGUGGCCUGUUAUGGCGGAUAUUUGAAUAUUGUCAAGUAUGUUAUCUCACUCAAUAUUGUUGAUAUCGCGGAGGAAAAUAUGCACGGAUUAACAUCAAUAAAAAUAUCAAAAGAACUGAAGGAUACGUCUCUGUAUAGAUUUCUUAUGACACAAUCAAGGUGAUAAUGGUAUAUUGCUAGCACCACCGAUAGACUACUUCGACUUGGAUAAGCAAGUAGAUGCCGGCUAUCUGUGGACAAAAGAGAACUUUUUCCACCGUGCAUUACGUGACACUGUUCCAAUACUGUUAUAUUCCUGAAACGAUGGUUGAAUGCAUAUUUACCCGUAUUACAGGAACGAAAUUCUCAAGUCUAGAGUUAUUUUUCUCAUGUCAGACAACACGGGAAGAAACUGUUAGAGUCUUGGUCGUGUCAUAAAGACUGUGACUGUCAGAAAGGGCCUUGUCAGAUUAGUUAGUGUAUAUACUGCAGUGUUGCGUCCUGUGGACAAACUGUGUCUCAAUGUUACUGUGAUGUGGCAUGAGACCAAGUUCUACAAAGUGAUAAAAACGCAUUGUUUCAAAUUUCAAGUGUACAAUAUGCAGUGUAGCAAAGUUUCAAGUGUACAAUAUACAGUGUAGCAAAGUUUCAAGUGUACAAUAUACAGUGUAGCAAAGUUUCAAGUGUACAAUAUACAGUCUAGCAAAGUUUCAAGUGUACAAUAUACAGUCUAGCAAAGUUUCAAGUGUACAACAUACAGUAUAGCAAAGUUUCAAGUGUACAAUAUACAGUGUAGCAAAGUUUCAAGUGUACAAUAUACAGUAUAGCAAAGUUUCAAGUGUACAAUAUACAGUGUAGCAAAGUUUCAAGUGUACAAUAUACAGAAUAGCAAAGUUUCAAGUGUGCAAUAUACAGUAUAGCAAAGUUUCAAGUGUACAAUAUACAGUGUAGCAAAGUUUCAAGUGUACAAUAUACAGUGUAGCAAAGUUUCAAGUGUACAAUAUACAGUAUAGCAAAGUUUCAAGUGUACAAUAUACAGUGUAGCAAAGUUUCAAGUGUACAAUAUACAGUAUAGCAAAGUUUCAAGUGUACAAUAUACAGUGUAGCAAAGUUUCAAGUGUACAAUAUACAGUGUAGCAAAGUUUCAAGUAUACAAUAUACAGUAUAGCAAAGUUUCAAGUAUACAAAUUGCUUUGAAGGAUUUGGUCAUUGUUUGUUUGGGUUUGUCAUAUUUGUUGCAUCGCACAAUUAAGAGGCCGGGUGUAGUGUCUAAAAACAAGUGUAUUUACUAUAUUUAUCUGUAUAUUGUUUCCUGUUAUGGUCAGUUUGGACCAGAAGGGUUAAUAAUGUAUUGUGUGUGCUUUGUUUGAUGUCAGACAUGCGUAACUUUGUUAUUUAUUUCUGUUUAGUAAAUGUGCUCUAUUAAACUAUGGGAGAUUUGGAGAUUGUCAAAAAAAACGCUUGAAUUCACGUCCACAGAAACAAACACGGAACAUCUCAGUAGGCAUUGCUUGUUCAGAUGUCUCUUGUCAAGGGUAUACAGUGAUGGGACAUCUCAUCUAUUCAGUCCAGUAAUUCUAAUGAAUCACAUGUAGAAUGGCUAGUUUUUAAGAUAUUUAUGAUAGGCACAUUUCCCUUUGAACAUUUAAAUGUAUGUUUCUAGUCAUUGAUCUAACUCAGUGUAACAAGUCUUAAGUUUUGUCACACUUGAAAGUUAGGGACGUUUUCGAAAGUUUUGUAUGAAGUUUUUCUUACAGUGAAUAUGUUAGAAAUAAUCAUGAAGGUAUGCGUCCCUUACUUAUAGCCAAUAUGUCAGAAAUAUUCAUAAAGCAAUUCGUUAGUGACUUAAAGUCAAUAUAUUACAAAUAUUCAUGAAGGAAUGCUUCUGUUACUUACAGCCAAUAUGCUAGAAAUAAUCACGAAGGAAUGCUUUUGUUACUUACAGCCAAUAUGUUAGAAAUAAUCAUGAAGGAAUGCUUCUGUUACUUACAGCCAAUAUGUUAAAAAUGUUCAUAAAAGAAUGCUUCUGUUACUUACAGCCAAUAAAGCACUAUAUUC